UGACAAUGCUGCUGGUGGCCUGUGUGGAGAGGGCAAGCUGCUCACUGCUGAUAGGCGCCUUCAACAUCAGGUCCUUCGGGGACAAUAAAGCAUCCAACAUCACUUUAAUGGACAUCAUUGUGAAGGUUGUGCAGAGGUAUGACAUCAUUCUCAUUCAGGAAGUGCGUGACAGUGACCUGUCUGCCACAAAUACCCUCAUGAGGAAACUCAACAGUGGAUCCCAGCAUGUUUACCGUCACAUAGUGAGUGAUCCACUGGGACGGAGCACUUACACCGAGCGCUACCUCUUCAUCUACAGAGAUGAAAGGGUGUCGGUGAUUGACAGCUAUCACUAUGACGACGGGUGUGAGCCCUGCGGCAACGACACCUUCAACAGAGAGCCUUUCGUGGUGAAGUUCUCCUCUCCUCACGCAGGUACCUGCUGCACUCAUUCAUUCAUUUUUUUGACCACCUCGGUCAGAGAGUUUGCCAUCGUACCCCAGCACACCUCGCCCAGCGAUGCCGUGCAGGAAAUCGAUGCUCUCUACGACGUCUGCAUGGAUUUGGUGUCACGGUGGCAGACAGACAACAUUCUGCUGAUGGGAGACUUCAAUGCCGGCUGCUCCUAUGUGACGCCCUCCAAUUGGCCCCGGAUCAGGCUGCGCACGGACCCCCAGUUCCAGUGGCUCAUCCCAGACAGUGCAGACACCACCGUCACCGAAACACACUGCCCGUACGACAGGAUCGUUGCCAGUGGAUCAGCCAUGAAGAACACAGUCUCUCCUGGGUCCGCCGUGGUUUACGAUUUCCAGACCGUACUGAAAUUAACUCAAGAUCAAGUAAGGGUUUCCUUCUCAUUUCUAUUAUUGCAGCUCUGCCUCCAUGCAAAUGGGAUUUGAGCUUCUGUUUCUCCACACUCGUAUCUCAGCCAGUUCAAUGAGUAAGUGAGGGAAGCCUCAUAUCAGUGAUCUGACUAGAGGAGACCGAUUCUCAAAUAUAUCACUGCAGCUUUGUCAUGAAUGCAGAUCGCUAGCUAGU